AUGGACCAAAACACUGGGAACGAGAGAAUUUACUCCAAAACCAACUCCACCAUUCCUAGUCCACUCGGCGUUGAAGAAAAAAUUCAGAAGUGCCAAAGAUGCAUGAAAACUUUCCCAACAGCUCAGCAGUUGUUGCAACACAGUUUGGUGCACAGCAACGUUCGCAAGUAUCCAUGCCAAUAUUGUGAGAAGACAUUCAAACAACUAUCACAUGUUCAACAGCAUUUAAGAAUCCACACAGGUAUCAACUGUCACAUUAAUAUAUUUAUAUGUAUAUAUCAUUUAACAUAG